AAAGAAGAAGGAGGAUGUGUCAGAUGAGACUCUCUCUCUGUCUCUCUCUCUCUCUCCGUCUCUGUUGUCCUCUCUUCUCUCUCCGUUUGCUGCGGUCUGAUCACCGCGUUGUUUCUCUGACAUGUUCGUGUGAUUCCUGCGGAGACAGAAAGCUUUAACGCAAUGGACCUGCAGCCCACCGACUGCUGUUUACACCGCGGCAUCAUGGGAGCUGGAGUCUCCUCUGCAGCAGCAGCAGCAGCGCAGCAGGAAGACAGCUGAUUGGCCAAGGAUUUUAUUAUCACAGAUGUUUGGAGAUGUGAGCCGCUGGACCAACGAGAAUUACCUGUUUUCUCUCGUUUAUUUCCCCUCAUCCUCUCAUCCCAACGCUUCAUCUUACAUCUUGCUGUUCUGUUGUUUUUAUAUAUUUUUAUAUAUUUUUAUCGUCUCUCUCGUCCUGGCUCGUAUCGGUCCAAGGGGAAGUCAGAAUGGGCUGUCGACUCACACGGAACAAGGCCAAGACUCACGAACCGUCUCACCAACGCCACCGGGAGGAGCUGCACUUUGUGGAUGAGUAUGGCCAGCCAAUCACUAUGCAGGUGGAGGCGAGAAGGGGGCACGGCCACAGGAGGCGGCGGUCCCGAUGCACGACUGAAUGCAACAUCCCGCCAGAGAGACACUGGGACGCCCUGAGAGCCAUGGGACUGAUGGAGGGAGAGGGCGGCCAGGGAGACGCCUACAGCGCAGGGCCUUACUACGGUCACAUGACCGCGUCACCUGACCUGUACUCGGCCGAUAGUCGCAUGAUGAUGUCGCCUGAUGUCUAUAAUCCACCCAACGGCUACCUGUCCAGAUCCUCCAAUGAGCAGCACCUGGGUAACAACUACCUGCCCAGCGUCUCCUACAGCUUAGAUCACCUGGACAGACUGGACUACCAGGGUCCAGAAAUGUUGCCCUACCAGCCUAACUCAGAGAGCUGUCUGAUUGGCUGCUACAACACAGAAGAGAUGGAGCCGAAUCAUUUCCCCAGACAGUCCGACUAUCAGCCUCCGUGGCGGUCAGAUCGUCUCCUCGGAUACCUUCCACUCAGCGAGCUGGAUAGCGGGCUGGGCUGCGGCCCGGACAGCCCGCACCACCGCAUGGUUCUCUCGGAGGCCGAGACGGACGCCAUGUCCUCGCUGCCGGGCCACACCCCUUCCUCCCCAGGCUCCUCCUCUUCCUCUGAGUCGCUGCUCUCCUCCGAACCCAGCGACUCUGGCUUCCACAGCGUCAGCACCGGGGAACACCGGCGGCUGCAUAAGAUCCACGGAAGCCACGCCCACAGACAGACUCACCACCUCCGCUCGGGCCACUCCCCCCGAGAGCAGAGAGGACGCUGGGAUUUGGAGUCCAUCCCCGAGACGACGCCGAUGGCUCACUCUGGAGCGCCACAGGCGUCCCGCUGCACUGUGGGAAACAGCACGACCACAACGGUUCACUUCCACCGUGCGGAGAGGAGUCCAACCUUACCUCGCCACCGCUCGCUGGCUUCGCCUUCCGCUGGCUGCCGUACGGAGCCGUGCCAGCGGAGGGCGCUGUGGUUGGAGCAGCAGCAGGGCGGCAGCCGGCGGUUCGAUGCCGCGGGGCGGAGUCAAACCAUCACAGACCUGAGCGCCGGGCAGCGGGCGCGCCGGGCCAGCCACCCCAACACGGCUGACCCAACCGCGCCGAGAGACAGCCCGCCGGGGGCGCCGAGCAACACUCUGGGGCCGCGGAGCCGGGCCAGUUACCCCAGCAACUGUCACCCCAGCAACCAGCUCAGCAUCGACAGAACCAGCCUGACCAAUCAGAGCGCUCCGAGGAACAGCCGAGAGGACUCGCUCUCUAAGAGCCCCGGGUCCUCCAGCGGGGCGUCCGACUGGCGAGGUUUCUCCACCCUCGGGACCCGCCCGAGCCACGCCGCCGCUAAAGGCCCCGCGGCGCCGUGCUACAGCACGCUGGGAGCCCCCCAGCACCCCCCCCGCUCGCCGCCCUCCCCCCGCUCCAGGCUGUCCAAUCAGAAGUCUGUGAGGAACCAGCUGCUGCGGGCGCGCGCGUACCGCCUGGCGAGGGAGCGCAGCGAGGUCACGACGGACGAGGAGGUGCGUGGCGACGCCGAGGAGGGGGGGGAGAACGCCGCGGCCGAGGACGGGCGCUGGGCGGGGCGCUACUGGAGCCGCACGGAGAGGAGGCGUCACCUGGCGUUGUCACGGCAACACCGGGAGAGGAGGGGGGGCGCGGGGGGGGAGGAGGCCGGUGGCGGCGGGCUGCAGCAGGCGCUCUCGUCUCAGACGCUGCUGGAGCUCAGUCACAGGAAGCAGAACAGACUCAGGAACAGCAAGCUGCUCGAUGAUUGGACGACUGUGGAGGAACUGCUCACUCACGGCACAAGGGUGGAGAGUGACAGUCAGCUCUGCCCCAGCCCUCUGUUAUCUGUUACUACUGUCUGA